AUGCCUCAACUUUUCCCUAACAAUCCCUCGGAGCUGAUGGUCAUCCGAAAUGUCACACCAAACAUCAUCACCAUGAGUCUGCCAUUCGCGCGAUUCGGCAUUAUGCGAUUCGGAGGCCGGGGGACACUAGUCAAGUUAACCACGGGCUCCCUCGCCGUCUUCUCUCCCGUCAGCCUCACACCAGAAGUGCGCGCAAAGGUUGAAUCUCUGGGUGGCAACGUCAGGUAUAUCGCCGCGCCCGAUCUCCAACACCACCUUCAUCUCACGGCGUGGAAGAAGGCCUUCCCAUCAGCACAAAUAAUCGCACCUGAGGGCCUCUGGGAGAAACGCCAAUCUAACGCCGAUUUCCGAGACACUCAGUUCGAGCACGUGUGGAAGAAAGAUGCUGAACCUCCGAAAAUUUCGGCAGAGUGGGACGCUGAGUUUGAAACCGAGUAUGUGCAUGGCCAUGGCUCGCGCGAGCUCGUCUUCCUGCACAAGCCGUCGCGCACGGUCAUCGAGGCGGAUAUGCUUUUCAAUUUGCCCGCCAAAGAACAAUACUCUAAGACCGAUGAUCAAGAACCGCUGAACUUAGCGACUAAGAUGGUUCUGCCUCUUCUGUCUACCCAGGCCCAUCCUGCUACCGGCCAGCGACGCUUUGCGUGGUACAUUUUAUCCUCCCACGACCGCGACGCGUUCACUACUUCCGUUCGCCGAAUCAUGCAAUGGGAUUUUGACCGAGUGAUCCCGUGCCAUGGAGAUGUUAUCGAGACAAACGCCCGAUCCGUGUUCCAAAACGUGAUGGCUUGGUUCUUGAAAGAAGAUCAGAAGCAUGUCUGA